AUGUUUGAGAUGACUGGCAUUGAAACUUUUGAAAUUUGUAUGAAUUAUUCCAAGCGGCUGUCGGUGGACAAGUCGGUGUCGCACGCGUGGCUGCAGACAGGCGAGGCGUGGCGCGACCUGCGCGUGCUCGAGGCGCGCGUGGGCACGCGCUACCUCACGCACCCCAGCGACGACGCGCGCUGGCCGCCGCCCGAGCCCACAGCCCCCGAGCCCUCCGCCCCCCGGCCCUCCGCGCCCGACCAGCGCUGA